CUGUAAUAUCUUAACGCAUCGCUCGGCUACUUUUACCUUAGCGUAUAACGUGUUACUAGUUGAAUAAUGCACUGUAUAGAACAGAGCCCCUUCGAUAUACACGUCCGGCAACGUGUCGACACCCUGUAUUACGACGAGUCAACUCUCUUCUAGUCCUCUCUUAGGCUCGAGGAGGGCCCCACUCCGCUAGGUAGGCGCUAAGACCGGACGGACUUGAGUUUUACUUUCGUUCGCGCAUCGCUCUCAGUUCAGGUUUAUCCGUUCCUUGCGUUCUCAGGCAUAGAAGCACAACCUGCCGGUGUCUUACUCCGGCCUUUCUUGCGAAAGUGCGAUACGUACGAGAGCCGCGUGAAUGCCACCGUGCGUUUAGAACUACACAACGGUUCUCGCCUUCCGCAGAGUAACCCUCGCGUGCAUUGUUCUUUAUCUUAUUGUUCAACACCAUCUCCGAAACAUCGAGAUCAAACCAAAGGCAUGUUGUUUACCUUUGCUACGCGAUUCCGAUCCGCAGAUUCUUCGCGUUGCUGGCGCUCGCUGAGAGUACGACCUUGCCGCUAAGGAUGCUGCAAGAUCUGGGUAGGCGUACGAAUGCCUCGAUGGAGAGGUACGAACAAGCGGAACAAACUAUUUUAAACUCUAGGACACAUCUGACUCGAGGAUCACCCUCAUGGUAUCUUGGUGCUUCUCAUGAAAUGUCCGAAGGUGCUCUAAAUCUUUCAAGGAAGGCUUUACGAAUCGAAACGAUGGCUGUGAUGUUAGUAGAAGCUUUGAACAUGUCCUCAAAAGAGGCUUCUUCGGUUCUACCUUCAGUUGUUGCUUUUGGCUGUUCUGAUCCUCCAAAUUUUUUGAAGAUCACGUCUGAAUGCAAAAAGAUCGAUCCAAAAUAUAGAACACACACUGGAAGAUGCAAUAACGUGUUACAUCCGACCUGGGGUGCUGCUUUGGAAGCCUAUGUUAGAUUUCUACCACCGGAAUAUCAAGAUGGAGUGUCUUUACCACGAACCAAUUUACCCAGUGCCAGGGAAGUUUCCUCCCGUGUUCACUCGGGUGGUCAAGAUCUAAAGCACCCAUAUUUAAUGGCACUUACAGCGUUAUUCGCCCAAUUUCUUGCUCACGAUCUAGCCCAUACACCUAGAAUGGAACUACCGGAUGGUACUAGAUUAAAAUGUUGCGACGUUGAUUAUGAAAAUUUUCAUCCCGAAUGUUUCCCUAUUCAAGCCGAUAAUGCGAUUGGCUGUAUGGAGUAUUCUAGAUCUGCACCACAUCCUGGUAAUUCCUUACAUGCUUGCAAGCUGGGUCCACGACAGCAGAUUAAUCAAGCCUCCUCUUACUUGGAUUUAUCUCCGUUAUACGGUAGCUCGGAGGAAACAUCGAGAGCCUUGCGAUCGGGCAAAGGUGGCUUGUUGAAUACUCAAAGAAGAAACUUACCAAUGCCAUCACCGGAGUCUGAAACUUGUAGAAGUGUGAAUAAAGCUUUCCCUUGUUUCCUCAGUGGUGAUUCCAGAGUGAACGAACAUCCUGGCUUAACAUUGAUGCAUGUAAUCUUUCUUCGUGAACACAAUCGAGUAGCCGAGCAAUUGGCCAAGUUGAAUCCUCAAUGGGACGACGAGAAACUCUAUCAGGAAGCUAGAAGAAUCGUCAUCGCAGAAAUGCAACAUAUAACUUACAACGAGUUCCUACCAGUCAUACUUGGAGAAACAACUUUGAACAAAUUUGACUUGCGGUUAUCCCAUGAAAGACAUUUUCGAGGAUACGAUUCACGUACCGAUGCAACUCUGUCAAAUUCGGCCGCCUCAGCAGGUCUUUUCUUCGUUGCUGCAUUAACACCGAAGACGCUCGAUCUUGUGGACUCUAGAUCCGCUCUAAAAUCUGGCGAAAGAUCUCUCCUUUCGGCCUUCUACGCACCUCAAGAGUUGUAUGAGGCGGGUGCGAUCGAUCGAUUGAUAGCAGGAGCUACAGCGGGACAUUCUAGGAAGCCUCUACCCCCCGGCUUGAACGAAAUCCUUCUGGAGCGGUAUUUCCAUGAUGGGAAGAGUAACGACGUGCCCGUUGAUUAUGCUGCUCAAAUCAUCCAACAAGGCAGGGAUCAUGGUUUACCAUCUUACGUCAAAUGGCGAACAUUUUGCGGUUUACCAGACGUUACCAACUUUCAGGAUCUUAAAGGCACAAUAGCCAAGGACAUCGUCGAAAGAUUACGACAAGUUUACAAGAAAGCUGAAGACAUAGAUUUAGUAACAGGAGCACUCUCGGAAGCACCAGUGGCUAAUUCAGUCCUUGGACCAACUUUCCUCUGUUUGUUAGGACGUACCUUCCGAAAUGUUCGUUUGGGCGAUAGGUAUUGGUACGAAAAUGGUAACACGCCAGGAUCAUUCACGAUAAAUCAAUUGGAAGAAAUUCGUAAGAGUACAAUGGCACAAAUUCUAUGCAAUAAUGGAGAUCACUUGAAAUUAAUGCAACCAAGAGCAUUUAUUUUGAGAGAUCCUUUCUUAAAUCUCAUAACGAACUGUACAGAACAUAUAAGCGUAGGUCCGAAUCUGAUGGUAUGGAAAGAAAAAGAAGACUCUUUUUAAAUUAUUUCAAUUAAUACGAAACAACCAUUGAUCGUGAUCAUUAAUUCUGUUCCUGACUUUACUAGAGAAUGUAAGAUUACCUAAUGCUCCAGAAAGAUGCGUUGUGGUUUUAUUUUUUUUUUUAAUUUUAUUUUAUUAUUAUUAUUAUUAUAAACUCAACGACAAUCUUGUCAAGUCAGGGUAAUGUCGCGUUUAUUUGCGUAUCGUAAAAUGAUACGUCUUCUUGUAUACAUAAACAUGAAUACCAGUUUCUCUGUCAAUGAAGAAAAACACGGUUCGAUGAAGAUUUCUUUCGUAUACACCUCGGGCUACUUGCCCUUUUUUCCUUGUAAUAUUAUAAUAUUUUACUUCACGUUGUUAUUACGAUUGAAAAUUACUUGACCGUACUACUACCAUUGUGACACGAUAACGAUCAAGAGAAAGAGAAAGAGAGAAAGAGAAAGAGAAGGUCAGUACCAUUCUCCUUAAGAAGAAUACAUAAAAUUACCUAGCAACGGAGCUACACCAAAUUGCGAAACUUUCAAGACCUCUAUGGCGUUCGCAUCCAUUAUUACUGUUAUUCUCUAUAAAGAACUCAGCCUUCUUUUGUAUAACUAGAACGUGAAAUCAUUAAAAAGAAAAGAAAAGAAAAAAAAAAUAAGUGUUAUUACAGAAUAAAAGGGAAACAUUUUUAAUACUAAGAAUAUAAGAGGAUAGUUGAAUUCAUGCAACGAAAUUUGUCAUCUCAAUGUAUUAGUAUCUAUUAUUUUAUUCAAUUGAUAAAAUCCUAAUAUUGAUUUUUUA